AUGGAGGAGGAUGAACAAGCUGACAGGACGUUGCCCGAAUGGGUCGAACUUGAAUACCUCCAUAUGCGCACACUUGCAGGUCCAGAAGCUCAAAUCCACUUCUCACACCUCUCUUCUUCCUCGUCAAAAGCACUUUCAUCCGUCUUCGUGGAUUCCGACUUUACGCAUGAAGCAUCAGUUCCAUCGAACUCAAGUCGGUCGCUGGCAAAUGCAACAGCCCAUCAAAUGGGUGUCCUUGAGCUCAUGAAAGCACACAACCUCUCUCUUGACCAGGUCUGUCUCCUUGAUCCCAAAGCGGAAAACGAAUUAAGUCCACAAGACGGAGACGGGACGUUCCAGUGGUUCCUCUUUGGCGGUAUUCUAGGUGACGACCCACCACGAGACAGAACUGCAGAACUUAGGAAACUUGGCUUCCCGACUCGACACCUCGGAAACGUACAAAUGACAACGGAUACCGCGCUUGGCGUUACAAAGAAGGUCGUUCACGAUCGAGUAAAACUCCAAGACAUACCUUACGUCGACUUCCCAACAAUAAGGUUCAACGCACAAGAAUCUGUCGAGAUGCCUUUCCGUUACAUCGCCAUCGACGCUGGCAACGGGAAACGGGAACCCCUUUUGCCACCGGGUAUGCGCGACCUGCUGCAUAAGGACCUUGAUAAAGGAUUCGAGUUUUGACAUUCCGGAUUUGAUGUUCUGCAUCUCUGGCACUUUCUGUCUUCCGAGUUAGAAACACGUGCGAGUUGUGGUGUUCUGCGCGUAUACACGACUAGACUUCCCCAAAAUUGUGGGAAGGGACAGAAAGAAAACCCAAAUACGAGUUUGGUGUAAAAAUAUGUAUUAUUAUACAAUUCACUUUACUAAACAGC